CCACUUCCUCUUCUUCUUCGGCUUCUUCAGUUACCAGUCGUACAAGCAAAUUUUUCAAGUGUGCUACGACGAAAUUUCUGCCGCCAUAUUCCUUCAGAUUCAUCAACAUCAAAAAAUUCGGGUAAUACCUCAGUCACCGAUACAGAUUGCUUCAACGUAAAUGCCUUAAAAGAUUAUAUAUUAAGUGGCGGAGAUACUUUGAUGUUUAAAGAGUCCGGCUUAAAAAUUUGGGAAGUUAUCAUCAUAAUUCUUGGGAUUUCCACGCGAUUUAAUUUGAGUUAUAAGGGUCGUCGGGCUUUAAUUGAGGCAACUAAACUUUUUGCUGGGCCGGAGUUUUCGUCUUGGGAUAUCAGUGAUUAUUAUUUGUCGAAAAUAUUUGAUCCGCCUGAAGAUGUAAUAAAAUAUCAUUUUUAUUGCGAAGUAUGCUGUCAAGAAUUGGAAAAGCCCAUGGUAAAAAAGAAAUUUAAAAAACACAAGAUAACCUGUCAAAAGUGCUUGAAGAAAAAUUCUCUUUCAAUGAGAUCGCCUAACUAUUUUCUAUCAAUUGACAUUAAGUAUCAAAUUGCAUCGCUCCUAAAAAUGCAAACUGUGAAGGAUAGUUUGUUCAGCAAUUUACAGAAAUCGAAACCAUGUAUGGAUGGAGUUAUCCGAGAUGUCCAUGAUGGAUUGCUUUAUAGAAACUUAAGUGCAGAUGUGUCCGACGAUUGCAUUCUGCUAACCUGCAUUUUCAACACUGAUGGAGCACCUGUGAAUGAAACCUCAAAGGAUUCAUUUUGGCCGAAGCUAGUAAUUAUUAACGAACUGCCCGCAAAUGUGCGAUUUCGCCAUCCGUUAUUAGCAGGUUUGUGGAUUGGGAAAAAAGAACCUUCCGCGGAAAUGAUGAAUACGUAUAUAAAAUCGUUUGUUGAACAACUGAAUGAUUUUGGAACUACUGGCUUUACGUUGACUAUAGAUGAAAAACCGGUCCGCUUUCUAAUUCGGCCUCUUGUUUGUACCGUCGACAGCGUCGCUCGUCCCGUCUUACAGAACAGAGUUCAAUUCAACGCUUACUAUGGAUGCUCAUGGUGCAAAUCUGUCGGUGGACAUAAGUUGGAUUCAUGCGAUUCUUAA